AGGAAUGGCAGGCCGAGUUUAUUGGAACGGUCUUUUUUUCUGCCGGGCCCACCGUUGCCGAGAGGGUGCAACAAGCCCUGACUGUCUUAUUCCUCAGAGGGGGUAACUGAACUGAACUGGACACAGGAAAUCAUGCCAGACAGCCCGGCUAAGCCGGUGAGGUGUGAGAGCUUCUGACACCGCCUCGGUUCUUAUGCAGGAGCAGCUCGUGAAUACCUUAGCAGUGACAACGGGACCAAUAGGUACCGGUAUAAGCUGGAGUACUGGAGUAGCAGUGCUGCUACUCCAUCUGCAGGGGCGGCAUCGGCUGGAGCAAAUCACAGGAGUCUGGACGAGACGUCCCACACCAGCCUCUGCGCCGUACAUGACUAGACGACGCACCCAGAGGCUUUGGCGAGCAAGACUGCGAGAGUUGACCAGUACCGUCGAACUUCGACGCCCACCAAGAUGAAGCCUCCGCCAAAGCACGAUAGACAGAAGCCAACCACCAGCUUGCUGCC